CACCGGGCGCCGAGAAUUCCGUUACUCGCACUCUAAGAAUCUGACAACUGACUUGGGUCACCGGCGACCGCGUUAAACUUAUCUCUGCGUGGCGUUUUCUGAACGGUUGCAGUGCAUGAGUAUGUUCCCGCAGCGUUUGAAGCGGUAGAGCACGCGAUGGUGCUUUUUACACAGAACAUCCUCUUCAGACUACAUGUGGACUGAGGAGUAGUUUUGAAACGGGAAACGGACAACUCGACGUUUCCUAAGGAUAAAAGGCUCGAAAAGACACCGACUUUCGGUUACCUUCCCGUGGGGUUCCACUGAGAAGAGUGGACCGCGCGCUCCGUCUGAAGGACAAAAGCGCCAGUGACUGGAGUGUCCGCCCUUGCUGGGAGUGAAUGAGAUGCCGUGUCGAGGCUAGAGGCAGCGGUGGACUGUUCCCGAGUCAGUGGAAAGCCCCUCUAGAUGAGCCAGUCACAGCCACCCAGCUGCACGGUAAAGGAAUAAGGAUUUAAUAUGUCAACAGAGGCCGAGCUCCAGCCUGCUGCCAGACCCAGCGUCAGAAAGGAUUCCAAGAAGAGAGGGCAGGACCGCAGUGAAGCAGCUCUGAUAAAGCGUUUUAAGGGGGAUGGAGUUCGCUACAAGGCCAAGCUCAUUGGGAUAGAUGAGGUCACUGCUGCAAGAGGAGACAAACUCUGUCAGGACUCAAUGAUGAAACUCAAGGGAAUCGCAGCCUCUGCACGGUCUAAAGGAGAACACAAACAGAAAGUUUUUCUCACCGUGUCCUUUGGAGGGAUCAAGAUCUUCGAUGAGAAGUCAGGGGUUCUUCAGCACCACCAUGCAGUUCAUGAGAUUUCCUACAUUGCAAAAGAUAUUACAGACCACCGAGCCUUUGGUUAUGUGUGUGGGAAAGAGGGAAACCAUCGAUUUGUGGCCAUCAAAACGGCUCAGUCUGCUGAGCCUGUGAUCCUUGACCUCCGUGACCUUUUCCAGUUGAUUUAUGAGAUUAAACAGAGGGAGGAAAUCGAGAAGAAAGCUCAGAAGGACAAGCAGUGUGAACAAGCUGUUUAUCAGACCAUUUUGGAGGAAGAUGUGGAGGAUCCUGUGUAUCAGUACAUUGUAUUUGAGGCGGGACACGAGCCCAUCCGUGACCAAUCAGAGGAGAGCAUAUAUCAGGUCCCUACCAGCCAACAAAAGGAGGGAGUUUAUGACGUCCCAAAGCGACAUCCAAACAAACAUAACGAACAAGUCAAUCUUUUGGAUCUAGACACUGACCUGUUGCUGGUCAACCAGAAUAUCAACCAGUUAGAGCUUUUUGGAGACAUGUCCACCCCUCCUGAUAUCACGUCCCCCUCGACCCCAGCAUCUCCAGCUAAUACACUGGACCCCACGCUGGCCCACCAGACUCCAUCCGAACUGUUCACCCCCUUCAACCCAGCCUCUGUACCCUCAGGUUAUGUGACAAUGGGAGCCGUGCCACCUGCAUGGGCGCAGCAACAGUUCGCUGCUCAGGCUCCAUUAGCAUUUGGCGUCCAGUCCCCAGUGCAAGUCACACAGGUCUUACCAGGUGCUCAGCCUCUGAUCUGGGGACAAGCUAACCUUUUCCCUGCCACCCAGCAACAGUGGGCUGCAAUGGCAGGGGCUCACUUUUCGCCUGCCGCUUUCAUGCCUGCCCAGACAGUAGGGCCACUUCCUGCUGCAAUGUUUCAGACACUGGCUCCCAUGGCGGUGUCCUGCGAGACACCCAUGGCGGCUAUGGGUGGAGCCGUGGCAGGAACCUCGGCCUCCACUGUCUCUAGUCCGCAGCAUGGAGAACGCACGCUGCAGAGACAGGCAAAAAUGAGCAAGGAGAUGUUUAAGGACUUCCAGAUGGCAAAGCCGCCCACCAUGCCUGCCAGGAAAAGCGAGCAGCCUAGCCUGUCUUGCACCACAGACGCAUUCUCCAGCUACUUCAGCAAAGUGGGAAUGGCACAAGACACGGACGACUGCGACGACUUCGACAUCUCACAGAUGAACCUCACGCCUGUCACUUCCACCACGCCCUCCACCAACUCACCACCCACCCCAGCCCCCCGGCAGAGUUCUCCAUCAAAGUCCUCAUCCCACGCCAGUGACCCACCCACCGAUGACUCUUUUGGUGAGGCAGAGGGCAGCCCUAGUCGGAGCGGAGAGGAGGAUGCUGCUGGAGACUCCCAGCAGUCUCCGGGUGCGAGUGAGCCUCAAGCAGAGCCUGAGAGCUCAGAGACGGACAGUCCUCAGGGGAAGGAUCCUCUUUAUGCCCAGAUCAACAAGGGGAAGAAGUGAAGGAUCAUGGGAACUCUGCACAGACGUGAUCAGCGCUGGGAGAAGCAGGAGACCAAAAUACUGGAGAUCAACCAUCUGCCCUGUGUGUGUGUGUGCAUCCAUCCGUGUGUAUGCGUAUGAG